ACUCUGUUAAACAGCGAAAUGGGAGGAGAAACCGAGUGUUCGCCCUAUGAUGUUGUUCAGAAGUGGGAGAAUGAUAUCGUCGAGCUUCGCAGAUAUCCUGCACAAAAAUGGGUUUGCACUAGUAGCACGGCAUCGAAAAUGGAUGAGGUUAUGAAUUCAUCAUUUUUCAAACUGUUUCGCUACAUUCGCGGAAGCAAUUCUGCCAAUUGCAAAAUUCCAAUGACUAAACCAGUCCUCACUGAAAGCCGACCGGUCGCAAACACAGUGCAUGAACGUAUAUUCACAAUGGGUUUCUAUAUUCCCGCAGAAUUUCAGAACAAUACACCCGAACCAACAGAGAGUGGCGUGUUCAUUUUAGAACGAGAAGAAAUGAAAUUAUACGCUCGCACUUACGGUGGUUUUUCAAACGACUCCAAACUAUGCGAAAAUGCUCGCAAACUGGGCACCGUAUUGGAUGAGUUGGGCAAAGCCUACCAAACGGAUCCCUUCUUCUUUGCCGGAUACGACCCACCGUUUCGACUAUUCAAUCGCCGAAACGAAGUGCUUUUGAUUGCAAAAAAUGUUUGA